AUAUGAUGCUGCUGUUAAGUGUGAAGCUCCUUGUACUAAUGACACAAUGAGAUUGAAUGGUGGUGGAGUUAGACAUGGCAGAGUUGAAGUGUGUAUUAGUGAAGUAUGGACUACCAUAUGCAGUGACUACUGGGACUAUGAAGAUGCUUCAGUUGCUUGUAGGCAGUUGGGAUAUUCACCCUAUGGUGCUAUACCAUUGACAAGUUAUUUCACUGACUAUGACUGGUCUUAUGGUAUUCUUGAUCCAAAUUGCACUGGUCUUGAGUCUAAUAUAUGGAACUGUUCUCAUAAUGAAGUCAUUGACUCUAAUACUUGCACUGGUUAUGAGGAUGCUGGAGUUAUCUGUCAAAGUGGUACUAUUCAGCCGGUUAACUGUGAGACUGGAGACAUUAGACUGAUUGGUGGAACUACUAGUAAUGAAGGGAGAUUGGAAGUAUGUGUGAACAGAGUAUGGGGUACGGUCUGUGGUGUUUCAUGGGGUUCUACUGAUAGCAGAGUUGCUUGCAGACAACUAGGACACCAAGAAUUAGGUUCAGUAAGUGGGUAUGGAUUGUAUGGUCAAGGAAGUGGACCAGUUGUUUUUGGUUACAUGUAUUGUAAUGGAAAUGAGGACACACUCUUUGAUUGCCGUAGAAAUGAACCAUCAGUUGCUUCUGGAACAUGUACCAGCCACUCUUAUGAUGUAGGACUGAGAUGUGAACCUAAAUGUGAGAGUGGCAGUAUUCGUCUUGGUGGUGGUACAUCAAGUUCUAAUGGUCGAGUUGAAGUAUGUGUUGAUAAAGCAUGGGGUACUAUCUGCAGUGAUUACUGGGAUAAUGAUGAUGCUAGUGUUGUGUGUAAACAACUUGGUUAUUCACCUUAUGGAGCUAUUGGUGCACCUGGCUCAGGUUCAAUUACAAACAAUAUCUGGCCUCAUCAUAUCACUGAUGUGAAUUGUACUGGAAAUGAAAACAACUUAUUUUCAUGUCCUUCUAAUGGGCUAACUGGAUACAACUGCCCUAAUAGUAAUUUCGCAAUUAUAUCAUGUCAAAAUAUUGGUACACUUAAAGCAGACUGUACUGAAGGUGAAGUGAGACUGGUUAAUGGUAACACACAGUAUGAAGGACGUGUAGAAAUAUGCAUCAAUAGAGUAUGGGGAACUGUAUGUAGUAGAAGAGACAAUCGUUGGAAUUGGUCGUGGUGGAAUUCUUGGCAUACACUUGACAGUAAUGUUGUGUGUAGGCAGGCAGGACACAUGGAGCUAGGAUCAGUUGCAUACACUAGAGCUAGUGUAUUUGGGCAAGGCUCAGGCCCUAUACUGAUAUCUUCAAUUCAAUGUAGUGGACAGGAGUCACAUCUAAUUAACUGUUCCUAUUCUCCAAUAAUACCAUCAUACUGUUCACAUACUUAUGAUGUUGGAGUCAAAUGUGAAGCUCCUUGUGCCAAUGGUACUGUUCGUCUAUACAGUGAUUCAGGUAGCUAUUUCAGGAGAUAUGGACGAGUUCAAGUGUGUGUGAAUAAUGCCUGGGGAACAAUUUGUGAUCACUUUUGGGAUAAAAAAGAUGCAAGUGUAGUGUGUAGAAUGCUUGGAUACUCUCCCUAUGGUGCUUCUGCCUUAAGAGACUCAUAUACUGAAGGAACAUGGUAUAUUCACAUUAAUGAUCUUAACUGUACUGGGGCAGAGUCUUCACUUUGGGACUGUCCUAUGAAUGGACUUAAUGAUUAUUCUUGUUAUCAUUAUGAUGAUGCUGCUGUUCUUUGUCAAUUGAUUGGUGUCGAGAAUUCUACUUGUACUACUGGUGAAGUGAGAUUGGCUGAUGGUGCUACAGUGUAUGAAGGAAGAGUUGAAGUGUGUGAGAAUGGAGUUUGGGGCUCGGUUUGUACUAGGUCUUCAUCUAAUGUUAGGAAUGCUUACACUUUUUGCCAAGAAUUAGGAUAUCAAGGUGGUAUAGUACUUCCGAGUUCAAACUUUGGUGUUAGUAAUAAUCCAAUUUUGAUUUAUGAACUGUCUUGUGGUGCUUUUCAAUCAAAUCUAAGUAACUGUUACCAAAGAAAGUAUCCACACUAUUAUGGUUGGUGGUGGUAUGGGUGUAACAAUUAUCAAGAAUUAAGCAUCAGAUGUGAAAGUCUUUGUGUUAACAAUAAAAUAGAGCUAUAUGGUGGCCCUUCUAGUCGUCAUGGUAAUAUAAGAGUCUGUGUCAAUGGUUCAUGGGUUAUGGUGUGUGGAUAUGGUAAUACUGUCAUUGAUAAUAAUCUAGCUAGUGUUGUCUGUUCCAGCAUUGGAUACUCAGCUUAUGGUAAACUUAAUAUCCUAUUCGUCCUGAGAUGCACGCACAAAAUAUAUACAACAAAUACAAUAAACCCUGCAAAUCCCCCCAAAAGGGGGAAAAGAGGGAAGGGUUGGUAACAUUGUAUGGGCCACACCCCCUAAGCUUGCUUUGCCUGGUUGUAAAUGGUGGUCAAACUGAACCCAAGGCUUACGUACUAGUUCAACGCUGUGAAGCUAGUACGGCCACUUACGUACUAGUUCAACGCUGUGAAGCUAGUACGGCCAGAUCAUGAAGCCAACCUGGCCCACCCUGGCAGCAAUGCAGCAAUGAUGCCUGGCACCUAAACAAGUGCCGCCAAAAUCUAACUCUUACCAGCUGAACCAACUAAGGGGUCCAAUUCAGGGUGGGCCGUAUUUGCCAUGAGCAACUGAAUACUCUGCAUUAGAGUGCCAAUAGUUAAGCUGCAUUAACUAUGCCACUUGGGUCAGGCAAUUACCCACCAUGCCUUAGCAUUAUGUGUAAUCAUUAAUGCUGCUUAUGCCUCAUGCUUAAGGUUCACAAUAGAGAGGGAGGCAUAUUGAUUA